AUGAGGCCAUUCGCAACGCUUGCGCUGACGCUGGCACUCGUCCGCGAUGUACUGGCGGGAGGUGACGAUGCCUCGGCGGACAGCUUCUCGCACAUGAUCGAGAAGGUCAACAAUCUGAGGACCCAUUCGCUAGCUCCUCCUUAUGUGGAUAGUGAUCUUCAGAACCGAUGGUGGGACUUUGGCGCAGACACCAUCAUAAAUACCAACAAACACGUCCGACUGGUACAGGACAAACCCUCUCAAAAUGGCUACCUCUGGUCCCGAAUGCCUUUGUCGGUCAUGAACUGGCAGAUCGAGUUCGAGUUCAAGGUGGAUGGGUCCGCUCACAACAUAUACGGGGAUGGCUUUGCUUUAUGGAUAUCGAAGGACAGAGCGAAAGUGGGCCCGGUAUUUGGAAGCGUCGACUAUUUCACUGGACUGGGCAUCUUCUUUGACACCUACGCAAAUUCACGACAUUCGUAUUCUUGGCCCCGGAUAUCAGCUAUGAUGGGGGAUGGGAAAACCAAGUAUGACCACGACAACGAUAAUGCAGACAACGAGAUCGGUGGAUGCUCGGAACACUUCAGAAGACGAGACUUCCCGACUAAGGCUCGUUUGACUUACCUGAAGUCUAGCUUGCUGCAGCUGCAGGUCAUGACCCGGCAUCACGACGAGUGGUCUACAUGUUUCGAGAUUGAGGCGAAAUUGCCGGACCAGCCGUAUAUCGGCUUCACAGCCGCCACUGGGGACGUCUCAGAUGAUCACGAUAUCAUCACCGUCACUACCAACUCCAUCACGCUCACUCCCGAACACCGCCCCCACUCCAGCAACUCCGCCAGCGGCCAAAAAGUCGGCGGUGCAGUCCAGGCGCCAAUGGCCGUUCCGACGGAUGCUGCGGGUAAGAAGGUCAAGCGGAAGACGAAGUCUGGGAGUGGAGGAGCGGCAAAUGCCUUCUUGUUUGUGUUGAAGAUGAUCGGGGUAUUGGCGUUUAUCGCUUUUGCUUGGGCUGCACUGCGCACAUAUAACGCGCAGCAGAAGUCGAAGCGGACUUGGUAG